AAAACUAAACUUUAGAACUUCCUAAAUCCAAAAACAUCGUAAGAAACCUAGAGCAUAAUCAUCAUCACAGUCCUCUAUACCAGGCCAUUGGUUUUGGUAUGAGCCCAACCCAUCAUCAGGGUUUCCACAAAUUCGGCCGAUUACAGAGCUUCAGAUUUGAUAAGAUAAAACCGUGGAAAAGCCCCAUUGUCUAAAUCUAAUAGCUAAAUUCACGCAGCCUGACAGCCAUAACCCACGUCUAACUGUUACAUUAUAGCCCCUUUUGAGCUGGUUUCCUCCACACAAAGAGGAAAAAAAACCUCAGAGUCUGUUGUUUUCUCCCCUUGCAAAGGUGCCAAACACUUUCCUUUUUCUUCCCUUGGGCACGGUUAGCCCUUUACACUUUCACAUCUGAUUUUAAUCCUUAUACCCAUUUUUCUGUUCAUUUCCUCUGUUUCUUGCUUCAAUCUAAGUGUUUGCCGACAAAUAACCAAAAAAAAAAAAGGUUUUUUUGUCUUGGUCUCCUCUAUUUCUUCACCUUUAUUCAUUUUUCUUUUAAUUAUUGGAUUCUCAAUCCAAAUUUUCAGAUCUGAAUCCUUACUUGUUUCAUUAUCCCUUUCUGGGUGUUUCAGAUUUUUCUUUUUUACUGCUGAUUUUACCCUUCAAUUAUGAUCUGCUUGCAAUCUAAUUUUGUUCUGGUUUUGGUCCGAUAAUAUAUGGGCUGAGGUGCACAUUUCAUGGGAGGUGUAGAGGAUGAUGAACCAGCCUCAAAACGCAUGAAACUAUCCUCUGAAGAGUUGAGACUUCUUUCCAACGGUUCAGCUAUUAAAGAACCUCUAGCUGGGUCCUCAGGAGGCUUGAUGGCUUGGCCCCUGCAUUCUCAAGGGGGCAAAGAAGUUGUUGGCUCAAAAGGACUCAUAAAGAAGGUAGAAUUUGUCCGAAUAAUAACAAAAGCAUUAUACUCUCUUGGUUAUAUAAAGAGUGGUGCUCAUCUAGAGGAAGAGUCGGGAAUAACAUUACAUUCUUCUUUGGUCAAUGUAUUUAUGCGACAAAUUCUUGAGGGAAGUUGGGAUGAAAGUAUUGUCACAUUGCAUGAUAUUGGUCUAACAGAUGAAAGGACCAUAAAAUCAGCCUCUUUUCUGAUAUUGGAACAGAAGUUUUUUGAACUUUUGGAUGAAGAAAAAGUCAUGGACGCUCUGAAUACAUUGAGGACUGAGAUUGCACCUCUUUGUAUCAAUAAUAGUAGAGUUCGUGAGCUUUCUUCAUCUAUUGUAUCACCUUCUCAGUGUUUUUCUGUUUGGUCUCUGAAACAAGAUACACUGAGGGCUAGAUCUCGGACUAAAUUAUUGGAAGAAUUACAAAAGCUGCUUCCUCCAACAGUUAUGAUUCCUGAAAGAAGGUUGGAGCAUUUAGUUGAACAGGCCCUUGUCUUGCAACGAGGUGCUUGCUUGUUUCACAACUCUAUGGAUAAGGAAAUGUCGCUAUAUGCUGAUCAUCAGUGUGGGAGAGAUCAAAUUCCGUCUCAAACAUUGCAGAUACUACAGUCUCACGCUGAUGAAGUAUGGUUCUUGCAAUUUUCACACAAUGGAAAAUACUUAGCUUCGUCGUCUAAUGAUCGGUCAGCGAUCAUUUGGGAGGUUGAUGCAAAUGGACUAUCUUUAAAACAUAAACUCUCUGGUCACCAGAAACCUAUAUCUUCUGUUUCAUGGAGUCCUGAUGACCACCAGCUUCUCACUUGCGGUGUUGAGGAGGUGUUAAGGUGCUGGGAUGUCUCUUCUGGUGAAUGCCUCCAUGUUUAUGAAAAAGCUGGUCUUGGCAUGGUUUCAUGUGGAUGGUCUCCAGAUGGCAAAUGGAUAUUUUCUGGUGUGAAUGAUAAGAGUAUCUGCAUGUGGGAAUUGGAUGGGAAAGAGCUAGAGUGCUGGAAAGGGCAAUGUACUCUAAAAAUUUCUGAUUUGGAAAUAACAAGUGAUGGAAGGCAGAUUAUCAGUAUAUGUAGGGAAACAGCAAUAUUAUUACAUGACAGGGAAGCAAAAGUUGAGAGAUUAAUUGAAGAGGAUCGAACAAUAACUUCCUUCUCAUUAUCAAGAGACAAUAGAUUCUUGCUGGUAAAUCUUUUAAACCAAGAAAUCCAUCUGUGGAAUAUAGAAGGUGAUCUGAAGCUUGUUUCUAAAUAUAAAGGCCAUAAGCGCACCCGCUUCAUCAUUAGGUCUUGUUUUGGUGGACUCGAGCAAGCUUUUAUUGCAAGUGGUAGUGAGGACUCACUGGUUUAUAUAUGGCAUAGAGGCACAGGGGAGCUUAUAAAGGCAUUACCAGGUCAUUCUGGAUCUGUUAAUUGCGUAAGCUGGAAUCCAGCAAACCCUCACAUGUUGGCAUCAGCUAGUGAUGAUCGUACAAUUCGGAUAUGGGGCUUGAAUAAUCUAAGCGCAAAGCUGAAAGACAGUCACAGUAACGGUAUCCAUUAUUGCAAUGGAAGAACCUGAGAGAUUGAAUGCAUGGAAUCUCCUGUCAUUGAUACCUGAUAUAAUUGGUUUCAUGUAAAUACUUUACCUUGUAGAAAGCUGGCAUUCAUAUUAAAAAAAGAUUGUCAACGUUGCAGCAACUUUCUGAUAAUA